CGUCGGAGCCGCGCGCCGCGGCCGAGCGGGAGCCCCGGCCGCGCGGGCCCAGGUAACCGGCACCCCGCUCACCUGACAUGCCUCCGGGUGCCCCAGGUCUGCAGGGAGCCCUGGUGCCAGAGACCUUCUCCCACUCCUCCCUGCGCCGCGGGACAUGAGGGAGGAGCCAGCUGAGUGCACAUAAGCGCCACAGGACACCAGACUUGGCCGCAAGAUAGUUCUUCUCCUGCCCUCUGACUGCUCAGAGACUGCUCGGCGAUGACCACAGCAAGGUACCGGCCCACGUGGGACCUGGCCCUCGACCCGCUGGUGUCUUGCAAGCUGUGUCUCGGCGAGUAUCCAGUGGAGCAGAUGACGACCAUAGCCCAGUGCCAGUGCAUCUUCUGUACUCUGUGCCUGAAACAAUACGUUGAGCUCUUGAUCAAAGAAGGAUUAGAGACUGCGAUUAGCUGCCCUGAUGCUGCCUGUCCUAAACAGGGCCACCUGCAGGAGAACGAGAUUGAGUGCAUGGUUGCGGCUGAAAUUAUGCAAAGAUACAAAAAGCUACAGUUUGAAAGAGAGGUGCUCUUCGAUCCCUGUCGGACGUGGUGCCCGGCGUCCACCUGCCAGGCCGUGUGUCAGCUUCAGGACGUGGGGCAGCAGAGCCCCCAGCCGGUGCAGUGCAAAGCCUGCCACAUGGAAUUCUGCUCCACCUGCAAAGCCAGCUGGCACCCCGGCCAGGGCUGCCCAGAGACCAUGCCCGUCACCUUCCUCCCCGGGGAGACCAGCUCGGCUUUCAAAAUGGAAGAGGACGACGCACCCAUCAAGCGCUGCCCCAAGUGCAAAGUCUACAUCGAGCGCGACGAAGGGUGUGCGCAGAUGAUGUGCAAGAACUGCAAGCACGCCUUCUGCUGGUACUGCCUGGAGUCUCUGGACGACGAUUUCCUCCUGAUACACUACGACAAGGGACCCUGCCGGAACAAGCUGGGCCACUCCCGGGCGUCCGUGAUCUGGCAUCGGACACAGGUCGUGGGCAUUUUUGCUGGAUUUGGGCUCUUGCUCUUGGUGGCCUCGCCUUUCCUGCUCCUGGCAACUCCCUUUGUGCUUUGCUGCAAGUGCAAGUGCAGUAAAGGUGAUGACGACCCAUUACCCACCUAGAGGAAGGCACAAUGCUGGAACAAGAUCCCUGCCUCUGGGAAGUGUGGCCAUCCCCCACCUGCCCCACCGUCCCAUCCCCCCUCACUAAACAUCUUUCUUGCCUUAUGUGCCCCAUUGAGCUUCACAGUGUCAGGCUGGAUGCCGUGAUUUCAGGGACUGACGUCAUGUUUGCCGAGGCCCCAGGGUGGUCCCUAGGCGCAGGGAAGGUGAGGCAGGCGUGGGCAGGGCAAGUCCCCACAGAUCAGUCUCUGCAGACGACAGAGAGGUACUGUCAGAUGCACACCAGGCAGUUUUCUCUCUGUGGCCGUAGACUAGGAAUGGCUGCUGGUGGCUUAAGAGACUUUCUCAUGCGAAACGUCAUUCUUCUCUUCCUUGGCUUCGAGACGGUGCCAUGCUGUUGAGAGAAGUCUUUUGAGGACUGCAACCCUCUUCAGACAGAAUCCGAUUAUUCCAACUUGAGCAAAGCACUCUGUUUAUGACAACUGUUUUUAUUACUAAUGGCAUUUAGUAAAAUCCUUUUUAGAAGGCAUUUUUUUUCCCAACUGAGUAGUGAAAAUCAACAAGGUGCAUAUAAACCAUCCUAUGCCUUUCUUGAAAUGUGCAUUUUAAGAAGUUACAGUUAAACGACUUUUCAGGAGAUUUAGAAAGCCUUAUGCACUCUUUGUGUUUUUCUUGAAACUUGCUGUAAUAACUUUUUGAACGCUGUAAGCUAUGUACUGUUGUAAAUGUGGUUCCUAUAUCAUCGCAUUUCCUGGAACAUAUUGACAUGUUUAAAGGAGCAUCUCCAUUAGAUUUGCUUUUUUUUCUCUCUCUCUCUUUGGUGAUUCAACUCUGCUCACAGGGCUCAUCCUGGCUCACCCAGGUGGCAGCAAAUACCGUUUAUUGUCUUCAAACCAACUGUUUUACUCAGAAUGUAGCUCUACUUGGAAUGACUAUAGUCUGGCUCUUGCCCCAGUCUUCAAGCAGACAGUGCAAAGAAAGCAGAGCUCUCGAUCCUCUGAGUCAGAGCCUCUGGGCAGAGGCUGGAGGGCUCCCAGGGGCUGGAGAGGAGCUUCCUGGACCUUUACAUUUUGUAAAUGCUUUAGUUCUUUUGAAUAAUCAUGUAUCUUACGUAGUUCCAAGUCCUGUUGCUAACCAUUUUGCUCUUGCUGGGAAAAACCUUUUCAUUUGUUUCACUUACUUAUUUCGAUGUGGGAUUUACCACUUGGUCUUCUACAGGGCUGCGUGUGGCUGUGUCCACGGCAGCCAAAGGCACAGAUCAGUAAGAAGAUGCAUCAGUCCGUCAGCUGACUUUGAAAGUGGAGGAAGUGAAAGUGGAUUCUUUAAAGAGAAUUGACUUUCAAAGCCACAGGUCCUUCUAAAGAAUAAACCGCAUUGAAUUUAGAACUUCUGAAAAUGGCAGAAAGGCAAAUAUUGUAGAUUUAUGACAGUGGAAUUUUUAAAAAUGUAUUAAGUGUUCUCCAAGGAAGCAAGACAAAAAGAGCCUCCUUUUAUCUCAAUUAAUUUGCUCAUCACAAGCACAUUUUACAAAUGUGGUUGUUUUGCGUGUGUUUGACUUCACCUUUGUGUGUCAGGCUCAGGUCCUAGUUUCCCUUCCCUGUGUAGACAUUUCCUCUUUAUUUCUUAACAUAAAUAGGACCAGGUUAGAAGAAACAGCGUCACCUCACUCCUCACCUCUAGUGUUGAUUUUCUUUAUGACACUGAAGCCAUUUAGAAAAUCAGUCUGUGUCAAAACUAUGUUCAAAAAGUUCUCCUUGUAACUGCAGUUUACGAGUUCAGUAACUAAACAAGAACCUGCCUGAGACCGUCUCUGGCUGGAGCCCGGGCUGCGAGUGUCUGCAGUUCUGAGGUAGUGCGAUGGCCUCUGGUGGUAGAAUGGCUUUUCUGGAGAGGGAUGACAACUCCGUGAAUCAGUGGCCUGGGUUUGAGCCCUCAGCCUGUGAUUUGUGGAUACGGCUGUCUGGCCAGUGCCCUUUAAAAUGCCCAGCACAGACGGCAGGCCUGUGGCCCCGCUUCCAGGGCCCCGUCCACAGGGCAGCCUCCCUGAAUCCUCGUCUUUCCUGCCUGCACUGGCUCUUGCCCUUUGCCCAGGCGGCACCCCUGUUUUUGGGUGGGAGCCAGAGCCUUUGGAAAGGUCGCAUCCCCAGGGCUAGAGCUGAGGCCCCCUUAUUCCUAGAGGGAUGGCUGUCCUACCUUGGAGGAGUCUCCCGCCCCAUCACGCACACCUGUAGCCCCAGCCCCCCUCUGCCUUCACCUGCGGUGAAUUUUGCAAGCACGUGGUUUGACCCGGGUGGAGACCAUGGGGGUUCUGGGGCCAGCCAGGGCCAGUCCAAUGAGCACUUCCCUGCUCUGAGUUUUUGUAUCAAGCACACUCAGUUUGAUUUAUUAAUAAAAUAAAAACUGUCCAUUUCCUAUAGACACACCAGCAAGACCACACUGAGGUGCACACACUUGCAUUCUGUUCUAUCAGACUCCUUCUCUUCUAGUAAAGAAUGCCAUACCCGUUUUCGUGGUGACGCGAUAUUAACCUUGCUUGAUGUAAAAUGUAAAUAGAACAUGGAGGGGGGGAGGGCCCUCUACUGGAACUUGGGUCUUGCCGUCACUCGCCAGUGAAACUGGGGUAGUCUGCAGCUAGCGAGGGACUCACUUCCUCUUCCUCAGCAUGAUUUGUCUUAAUUGGAAAAUGACAUUCACUUUCACAGGUGGUUUUCACUCUGAUGCCCUGGACGCAUGGGGCACCUGCUCAUUUGGAGGCCUUUAAAUCCUGGGGAGGAGGGGAAGGCCACGGCUGCAGGACUGCUGUCCGGGGGGUGGGGUGGCAUUGAGGAGACGGGGGACCUGUCACCUGCGGCCCUUUGGUAACUGGCCACGUUUGGAGCUUUUGCUGGACGUGUCUGACCUCCUAGGCUGGCCCUUGAAGGCUGUAUCCUGCCAGCUUCGCCGCCUCCGCCAGACUGGGGCCUCAUAGCCACGGAAUCUCCAGAGAUGUUCACGUAGCAGAGACUGACAGGAUCUGAGUGUAAGCAAAACCUUUGAUCGCAUGAAUUAACUACUAUCUAAACCAGUUCUUCCUCCUCAGCUCCCAGGAGUAGCUGCGGAAGAAGGAACCAAUUGUCUUUCCAGCAUAUUAUUCCAUCGAGCCCGUUAGGACCCUGGCCAAUUCCUGAUCAGAACACAGGGCCUGUGGGAGAGGGACUAUCAGAGAUGCAAAAUUACUUCAAGACGAGUUUAUUGUUUUCACUUACAUUACAAAAGUUAGAACAUGUUUAAAAAAUUAGAAGAGACAAUUUUCCCUUGGUAGUCAUAAAAAAUUAGGGAAUGGGAAGAAACCAGGGUGAGCUUUUUGUAUAUUUCUCAGAUUCUCAUUUAUUAAUAAAUACACCUGUGUGUGUGUGUGUGUGUAUGUGUGCGUGUAUACACAAUGAAAUCAUCAAGGGAAAACAUUUUGCAUGUAUAAAGCUUCCUGAAGGUCUCUUUAAAAAAUACCAAAGCUUGUUUAUUCCUUAAAAUUAACCCUAGCUCUUAUGAAAAUAAGUAGAUUAUGACUGGUAUUGCCAAAAACUCCCAAUGGAACGAAGGGGCCUGCGUUAGACAUAAUCCUAGUGCAUCACAACCAGGAGGGCAUGCUGUUGUGGUGUGUAUGGCCCCAUGCUCUCCACCCUCCCCCUGAUUUGUGUAAUCCUGUCUUCCACAGUCCGGGAGCCUUCAGUUAGGGGUAGCUACGUGCCACGUGCCUGACCUUUCUUUCGUCCCUUGCUCACUUUGCUAUGGGUGUAUUUUAAUCUUGUAUAAAAACAUGCAUGAAUGAGUCAUGCACAUGUAUACAUUAUGUAUUUGACAAGUGGUGGUAAAACAAAAACAACAAAUUUGUUUGUGUUUUUGAAAUGUCAGUACAUUUUGUGCCACUAACACUGUGAUGUAUAAAAGAGCUGUUUGAAUGCCUUUUAAUGUUGUGUUUUGUACUUUGCAAUCCUAUGGAGAAGUUUGAUUUGUAAUUUCAAUACAUAUUUUAAGUGUA